AGGGGCCGUGUAGAAUUUAACCUCAAAACUUUUAUGCGUUCCGGAACCCUGAGAGGGUUCAAAAAUAAGUGUUCAACGUUCUCUCUCUCUCUCUCUCUCUCUCUCUCUCUUGUUGGCUGCAUCCAAAACUCUUGAGACUAGUGAAAAAACCUAGCACAAUUCACCCAAUCUCAUUGAGACUCUCCUUCGGUCUGCGAACCCUCUGCUUCCGUUGCACCCCCAAAUUAACCCUAAGAAUUGGUACGGCCUGGAGAAAAUGAAGCGCCACUACCACAACGACCAUUCACAUUUCUGCGGCGGCGGGAGUACUUCAUCCAGCGAUGGGGCGGCAAGUGGGAAAGGCAAGAUUAAGAUGUGGGAGGGAACCGAACAAGACGCCGGAGACGACGAGCUCCUGGCCGUGUUGGGUUACAAGGUGAAGGCCUCCGACAUGGCCCAAGUUGCUCAGAAGCUGGAGCAACUCGAGCAAGUGAUGAUGAUGGGUCAUCUGGCUCAGGAAGAAGGGACCGGGUUAACUCAUCACCUCGAUUCUUCUGACUCAGUUCACUACAACCCCUCCGAUCUGUCCUCCUGGCUCCAAUCCCUCGUUACCGAGCUCAACAACCCUAUUAUCACUCCCAAUUUCGACCGAUUCGAGAUUUCAUCAUCUCGUAAUUCCUCCGAUCUGAAAGCAAUCCCAGGUGAAGCCGUCGUCUCCCACCAAAUUCAACACCAGAACUAUAAACGGCACAAACCCGCUUCAACCACCGCGUCGACGUCUUCGAUUAGGACCGAGUCAACUCGACCGGUGAUUCUAGUCGACGACUCGUCACAAGAGUACGGGAUCCGACUCGUCCACACCCUCAUGGCCUGCGCGGAGGCCAUCCAACUGGAAAACCUCAAUCUCGCUGAGGUUUUAGUGAAGCAAAUCGGGUACUUCGCCGUCGCCCAAUCUGGCGGGGCCAUGAGGAAAGUCGCCACCUACUUCGCUGAAGGCCUCUCCCGUCGAAUCUACGGACUUUACCCUCCUCCUCCGAGUUACUCCCUCGGCUCCGCCUUCUCCGACCUCCUCCAAUCCCAUUUCUACGAGACCUGCCCUUACCUCAAAUUCGCUCACUUCACUGCUAAUCAAGCCAUCCUCGAAGCAUUCGCGUCUGAAAAACGAGUCCACGUAAUCGAUUUCAGUAUGAAACAGGGGAUGCAAUGGCCGGCCUUAAUGCAAGCCUUGGCGUUACGACCCGGCGGCCCGCCUUCUUUUCGCUUAACCGGGAUUGGGCCGCCGGCACAUGAUAACGCCGACCACCUACAGGAAGUGGGCUGGAAAUUGGCUCAGUUGGCCGAGACUGUGCACGUCGAGUUCGAAUUCAGGGGAUUCGUGGCGAAUAGUUUGGCCGAUUUGGACGCGUCGAUGCUUGAUUUAAGACAAGGGGAAGAAGCGGUGGCGGUGAAUUCGGUUUUCGAGUUGCAUCAGUUGCUGGCUCGGCCGGGGGCGGUGGAGAACGUUUUGAGGGUGGUGAAGGAGAUGAAACCAAAGAUCUUGACAGUGGUGGAGCAAGAAGCGAACCACAAUGGUCCCGUUUUCUUGGACCGGUUCACGGAGUCGUUGCAUUUUUACUCCACCCUGUUCGAUUCGUUGGAGGGUGGUGGGGGAUCGAAUCAGGAUAAGGUGAUGUCGGAGAUUUACUUGGGGCGGCAGAUUUGCAACGUGGUGGCGUGUGAAGGGGUGGACCGGGUCGAGCGGCACGAGACGUUGGCUCAGUGGGGAUCGCGGCUCGGGUCGGCGGGAUUUGAACCGGUUCGUUUGGGCUCGAUCGCUUUCACGCAGGCGAGCAUGUUGUUGGCGCUGUUCAACGGCGGGGAUGGGUACAAAGUGGAGGAGAGCGGCGGUUGUUUGACGCUGGGCUGGCACACUCGCCCACUCAUUGCCACUUCUGCUUGGAAACUCAGUGAACUCUGAGUCAACUCAAUCACACCGAGUUGGGUCGACUCAGUGCCACUCACUCAUGGAAACCAUAGUGGGAUGCACUGCUGAGAUGGUGUGGCGCCAGUGAGAGAGACCCACCACACACACAUACUCACUCUCUCUCUCUCUCUCUCAUUUACCUCUGUUUCUUCUUUCAAUUAUAAUUUUCUUUUUUGUUGAUGAUUGGGUGGAAUUAUGUUUGUGUUUUUUUUAAGUUUCAUGAGGUCAAUGUGUAUAUGUAUGUACUAUGCACUAUGUAGUAUAGCUUUUCUCUUUUUUUUGAUCCGCUAGCUUUUCUCUUAAUAACAAGGACAGUGGUAAUACUUUAGUACUUCA